AACAGUAACCCUAAAAUGUCCACUCUAAAAUUGAGUAUGCAAGAUAAAAAGGACCUGGAUAAGUUCACCAAAUUCUUGGCAUUGAAAGCUGCUCAAAUUAUAGUGCAGUCGAGGUCAGGUGAAAAGGUUAGCACAAAGUGCAAACCAAAUUCAUCUGGAACAGAUUGGUUCAACUUAGCAAUUCAUGAUGUACCAGAAGUGUUGGGUGAAGCUAAAAGGGCAUUGUGUGGGGAAAUUGUUAAUUCGACGAUACCACUUUGUAUUGAAAUCUCUCUGAGAACCGUUGAAGGUGACACAAUGGUUUUAGAAACAUGGAAUCUUGGUGUUUUACCAGAACACAGUGACCCUACCAUAAGAGUAACAUACACAGUAUAUAACAGAAUGGGCAUUUUGUUGAAAUCACUGUUGUCUGUAUCAAGAAUUACUCCAGCCUAUAAGUUGAGUAGAAGACAAGGCCCAGAUUCCUAUGUUAUUUGUUAUAGAAUUUAUAUGGGAGAACCACAGCUACAUACUUUAGGAGAUAAUUAUAAAAAUGUCAGAGUAGGUCAAUUGUGUACACCUGUGGGUACAAUCCACUUAUCAGUAUCAUAUAGAACAAAGAUGACUAUUUCUCCUACUCAUACCGGUCGUGAUUCAAUAAUGUUAAAGAGUGAUCAUUUUCAUUCUGACUUAAGUCCUCGUCAUACAAGGUACCAGCAGAGUGAAGAAACAUCAAAAUCUCUCAGUGAUACCAUUAAAGUGGGAGCGUUUGUAGUCAAUAAACCUGUUACUGUUAAUGAAGAGGACUUUGUUAUACCAGAUGUACCUUUUAGUUCUUUGUUAUCUCCUAGACAAAUGUCACCUCCUCCUGUCACAGUAGCUGAGGCUACAAACACAAAGACUGCAAUAGCAACUACCACAACAGAUAGCAGCAAUGGAAAUAAUGAAAAACUUACAAAUUAUAACACAAUGUCAAAGUGCAACUCUCAAAAUGGAUCUAGGAGAAGUAGUUGCUCAAUGACCAGUGCCAACGACGAUUUUAUUAUGGUAGAUUUGAAAACUCCUUUUGCUGUAACAAAUACCAAUAGUGAUUUAGGAGCAUUUUAUCGUGAGUGUCAAAGUGCACCACAACUUCAAGCUUUUAUGGAGGAGAGAACACUUGCUGAACAAGUAGGUGGGGAUCUUACCAAACAGUUGGAAACAUUUGAAACAAACAUGCGGCGGUACGAGGAUAUUAUGUCUUCAUUAUGUCAUUCAGAAAAUAAUAAUUGAUAUCAAGAACGAAU